CCCGCCACCGCCCCACCACCACCGCCACCGCCACCGCCACCGCCUCCGCUCCACAAAGGGAAGACCAAAUUUGGAGCGGCAAUCAAUCAAUAAACGCAGAGAAGAAUUUGGAGCGCGCCUGGCUCUGUGUGGGCGCCAUGUUGCUGAACCUACGGCACAAUUCAACUGUUCGAGAAUGAAAGAGGCGAGGGGAUGAGCUGCGACGGUUAAAGAUAGCUCCGAUUUUCGCCUCUAUUUCACUGGUUUUUCGUCGGUUUGCUACUUGAUUGGGUGAAAUAGUGGAAUUUUACCGUUUAUGGAUUCGGAUAAUCAGCUUCAUCACCAUCAUCAGUUUCAUCAGCUUCGCCGCAAGGCCCGCAACCAUCAUCAGCAGCAGCAGCAACCGAUGAGUUCCGGUCUGAUGCGGUACCGAUCUGCGCCGAGUUCCUAUUUUACUAACCUGAUCAAUUGUAGUUUUGGCGGUGGAGGAGGAAACUGCGAUGAAUUUAUGAAUCCCCGGCCUUCGAGUCCAGAAACAGAGCGAAUUUUCGCCAGGUUUAUGUCUGCUGGUGGUACAGAAAGCUCAUCCUCUCACAACCUAUCCAAUAGUAAUUGUGGCCAAAAUUCUGCAGCAAAUGAAGCGUUGCUUCAGUCGCAGUUUGCGGCCUCUGCGAAGCACGAAACUCACGGCAAUUUUACUCGUCCUGAUCAGCAACAGGAAACUGGCUCUUCUGCCGCUUCGCAAAUGAUUUACCAAAACCAGUCUCAACCAACUACGAAGCACGAAACUCACAGCAAUUUUACUCGUCCUGAUCAGCAACAGGAAACUGGCUGUUCUGCUGCUUCGCAAAUGAUUUACCAAAACCAGUCCCAACCAACUACGGAGCACGAGACUCACAGCAAUUUUCAUCAUCGCGAUCAGCAACAGGAAACUGGCUGUCCCGCCGCUUCGCAGAUGAUUUUUCAAAACCAGUCUCAACCUAAUUAUAACUCAGGAACCUCUAAAUCUGUGUUGGACAACUCCUAUCGAGCGGUGAGUUCAAUGCAGACGGACCAGUUGCCUCGUAUGAAACUGGGAGGUGGUGGUAAUUCGAAUCUGAUUCGUCAGAGAAGUUCGCCUGCUGGAUUGUUCUCCCACAUUAACAGCGACCAUGGUUAUGUUGUAAUGAGAGGCAUGGGGGAUUCCGGAGGUGGAAUAAGUGGUGCUGAUGCAGAUGUGUCGUUUUCUUCUCCAAGCAGAUUGAAAGCCCAAAUGGAGUUCUCAUCAGGGCCACCUUCUUCAGGGCACAUGAUUUCAAUCUCUGAAAAUGAAACUGAAAAAGGCUUAGAAAUCAGUGGCACUGAGGAUCCAAGCUUUGGCGAAGUGCACAGAGACAAUUCUGCUAAUUACAAUGUUGAUGGUUUCCCAUUUGGUUCUUGGGAUGAUUCGGAUAUCAUGUCUGAUAGUUUCCUAAAAGGACUUGAAGAUGAUGACAGAAAAACAUUCUCUGGCAUAACAGCAUCAGAAAAUCAGGAUGCUCCUGCUACUGCUGGAGGGAACCGCCCUCCCACUGUAUUAUCUCACCACUUGAGUUUGCCGAAAAGUUCAGCAGAGCUGUCUGCUGUGCAGAAGUUCAUGCAGUUUCAAGAUUCUGUUCCUUGCAAGAUCCGAGCCAAGCGUGGUUGUGCCACUCAUCCACGAAGUAUUGCUGAGAGGGUUAGGAGAACCCGAAUUAGUGAAAGGAUGAGGAAGCUACAAGAGCUUGUCCCAAACAUGGAAAAGCAAACAAACACAUCAGACAUGCUGGAUUUGGCUGUUGAUUACAUCAAAGACCUUCAGAAAAAAGUAAAGACACUCUCAGAGAGUCGAGCAAAGUGUACGUGUUCAAACAAGCAGAAGACUUAGCUCAAAGGGCAUAGAAGCCUCGACAUGUUGCUUCUCUAUAUGACAACAUGUUAGGCCAGCUUAUUUGGUGUCUGAAAGGGGGAGAACUAAUUGUGCCGAAUUCAGUGUCUCAUCAGUGCACAAAUAUCGGAGGCUCGCUGUACAGAAAAUUUCAGUUCUAUGUACCUUGAAUUUACUAAUUUUUAUACCUUGAAGUUACUAAUUAGUUUUUAUGUGAACGUGUUCCCAUUGGUCCCUAAAAUUACUAACGUCAUUACGUUAAUAUGGUAUUAAAAUUUAAUUA